GCAUGUCGGCCGGCGGAGCGCCAGUCCCGCCGCCCCCGAACCCUGCCGUGUCUUUCCCAGCGCCCCGGGUCACCCUGCCCACCGGCCCCGACAUCCUGCGGACCUACUCGGGCGCCUUCGUCUGCCUGGAGAUUCUGCUCGGGGGUCUCGUCUGGAUUUUGGUGGCCUCCUCCAAUGUUCCUCUACCUCUGCUACAAGGAUGGGUCAUGUUUGUGUCCGUGACAGCUUUUUUCUUUUCUCUUCUCUUCCUGGGUGUGUUCCUCUCUGGCAUGGUCAAUCAAAUUGAUGCCAACUGGAACUUCCUGGAUUUUGCCUACCACUUUAUAGUGUUCGUCUUCUACUUUGGAGCCUUCUUGCUGGAGGCAGCAGCCACCUCCCUGCAUGAUCUGCACUGCAACUCAACCAUAACCUAUGGCGUGCAGCCGCUCCUGAAUGAUAACCAGUAUAACAUCAACGUAGCGGCCACAGUUUUUGCCUUUAUGACAACAUUAUGUUAUGGUUGCAGUUUGUGUCUGGCUUUACGAAGAUGGCGACCCUAACACUCCUUGGAAACUAAUAGUCGUGUGUUAGUUUCAUUUGUCUAUUUUGUAAUAUGUCUGAUCAAUUUGUAUGCUGUGUUGUCCAGAUAUAACAACAUUCCAAAUAUAAUCUGUUUAGUAAAUAGAGAAAAUCUUAAGUGCAAGUUUUGGUUUAUUUCCUGGGUGGAAUUUUAAUUUUAUUAUGAUAUUAAGUGGAGAAAUAACCUUUCAUUUUAUAUCUCUUUACAAUUAAAAUUCCCAUAAUGUUCCUAAAAUAUACAGAAAUCAAUCAUGAAAAAGUGCAUCCCUUUUGUUUGCUCAGUCACCUGAACCUUAAUAUUAAUAGAUUUAUAAUACUCCCUAAAACUUACACAUUUCAAACAGGCUUCCCAACUGAGUUCCAUCUUUUAAUGUAAAAGAAGAAUUGGACACUUUUUCUACAAAGAACUAGAUGGUCCAUAUUUAGGCUUCAUGCAUCAUACAGUCUGUCUCCAUCGAGACUAUUUAGUUCUGCCUUUGCAGCAUGAUAGCAGCCAUUGUCAGCAUGUCAGUGAAUGAAUGUGGCUGUGUCCCAAUAAAGCUUUGUUGACAAAAACAGGGGAUAGGCUACGUUUGGCCCACAGGCUAUGGUUUGUCACCCUCUGGUGAAAAACCUUAGUUAUGUGUUCUGUAUUUUACUGAAUUGAUCAUGAAGGUUUAUAAACCUAGUUAGACAAGCCACAUGACAUUUAGUCUYAUUAUGCAAUAAUCACACUGCCUUUUGUUAAUGGUCAAAUACUUACCCUUGGAAGGACAUGUAGCUUCUCAAGCUAAUUCUAACAGAGUCUUGGGUAUAGGGAAAAGUAAUUUGUGAAGUGAACCUUACUUGCUUAAUCUAACUAAUGAUCUCACAGCUGAGCAAGACUCUCUCCCGAGUGUUCUUCAAACAGGAUCCCCAGAGACCAUUAGUGACAGCUGGAACUGGUAUUCACCUACUUAUGUCUUACUUUGGUUUAUUUAUGCUUCAGAUCACAGUUGUUUGCCAGGUGCAUGAAU